AUGUCAAAUGAGUAUCUUGGACAGUGGUAUGAAAAUCAGUCAAAAUCCGGCAAUAUUGACAAUUCAGAUAUGAAUAAUAACGUCAACAAUGUUAUUGAUGAUACAUGUGAAAAAUUAUUGGAAGGAAUUGCUGAAGCCAAAACCACGAUUGAUUUAUUUUUAAAUAAUCGAUUUGAGGAAGCAAAGAAUCGUUUGCACAUGAAUACACAUAGUGGUAUGUAUCAGGAAUUAUCAAAUUCUACAAUAUUAUUUAUUCAAGGAAUGGCUACCAUAGAACAGGAAAAUCUUGAAUCUGCUAAAGAACAAUUAAAAACAACACUUAAAGCAUGUCAAGCUAAACGACGAAAAGCAGCUAUUAGUGAAACAUUUAUUAAACAAACAGAAAAAAGUCGUAAUACCAUUUAUGGUUUAUAUACAGAUGAACAGGCUCAUGCUGAACUUUGUUAUGCAGAAGGUUUACUUCAAUUAGCAUUUCUUUCAAUGUUACAAGAUGAAAAAUUAACAAGCCUUAUCAAAUGUUCUUUAAAGAUAAGACAAUGUUAUAAAUGUUAUCGAAUAUGUUGGAGAAUAUUGAAAUAUCGAAAUUGGCAAAAUGAAAUUAGUAAAUCAGCUUUUGAAAGUGGUGUACAUUUAGGUGUUGGAGCUUUUAAUCUAAUGAUCUCUAUGCUUCCUAGACGUGUCUUAAAAUUAUUGGAAUUUGUUGGAUUCUCUGGAGAUCGUCAAUUCGGUUUAGAACAGUUAAGAAUGGGUGCAGGAAUGAAAGAUUCAUUACGUGGUCCAUUAUGCGCUCUAUUAUUAUUAGCAUAUGAUUUAUAUGCUACUCAUAUGUUAGGUGACAGUGUUGUCAGUGUAUCUUCUGAACAACCAGAGCAUAUGAAAGAAGCUCGUGAAUUAUUAGAUUAUUGGUCUAUUAUAUAUCCAAAUAGUGCUAUAUUCUUAUUAUUAGCUGGUCGUUUAGAAGAAAUAUCUGGAAAUUUACAGAAGGCUAUUAUAUUAUUUCAACGUUCAAUAAAUUCACAAUCAGAUUGGAUACAUUAUCAUCAUCUUUGUUAUUGGGAAUUAAUAUGGUGUUAUGCAUUACAAGCAGAUUGGCAAAAAGCAAUUUUAUAUACAGAGAAAUUAUCAUUAGAAAGUCGAUGGAGUCAAGCAUCUUAUCGAUAUAUGAAAGCAGCUUUCCUUUUACAAAGUAUAGAAGAUCGUACUGCAUUUGAUAUAAAAAAUCAUGAUGGUAUAAUUGAAAAACCACAAGAAGUAGUUGAUCAAUUAUUAACAGAUAUACCGAAUAUGGUAAAACGUUUCGGUGGUCGAUCAUUACCAAUUGAGAAAAUUGCUUUAAGAAAAUCUUCACGAUAUUUUGCACAGAAUAAAAGAUUAACUCUUCCAGCUUUAGAACUUAUAUUCAUUUGGAAUGGAUUUAAAAUGAUUCAAUCACAACCAGAUGCUAUCACAGCAUUUAUUAUGAUAUGUGAAAAUAAAAUUAAUGAAUUAUUUCAGAAUAGAGAUACAAGUGAAACAUUUUAUGAUGAUUAUUGUUUAGCUUUAAUGCUUAAAGGAGUUUGUCUUAGAUGUCGUGAUCAAACAUUUCAAGCAUAUAUGUGUUUCACUGAAAUUAUACAAUCUAAACGAAAAUUAAAAAUGGAUACUUAUCUAUUACCAUAUUGUGAAAUGGAAUUAUGUCAUUUAUCAUAUGAAGAAGGAGAAAUUGAUGAAGCAGUGAAACAUUUAGAAAAAGCUUUAAGUUAUAAAAAUUAUCACUUAGAAUCAAGAUUACACUUUCGUAUUCACGAAAUGGAUACACGACUCAAGGAGAAUAAACGUAGAUUAUCAACCGUCACAAUACACCAAGAACAACAACAAUCUCCAACGAUCAAAAAAGCUGGCAGUGAAUAUUUUCUUGCAUUACCAAGUAUCUUUUCGAACAAUAAUAAUAAUAGUGAUAACAAGUCAAUAUCAUCGUUUAAAUCAGUCGAUAUUCCUUCAAAUUACUCAUCAUCAACAUCGACAUCAACAUCAUUAACAUUACCAUCAUCAUCAUUAACAAAGACAACAACAACAACUGGAGUGAAAGGUGCUUUAUCGGCAAGAAAUUUAUCACAUUCCAAAAAUAGUAGUGUUGAAGCAUUGUCAUUAACAUCUGAUGCCAGACGUUUUUUCGACGAAGAUGAUUUAGAUGAUGAUGAUGAAACAUUCAUUAUAGAUUAUACACAAGAUGAAUAG